AUGGCCUCCAGCAGUAUCAGAAGUUUUGGCUUCGUUGGUCUCGGGCUGAUGGGAAAGCCGAUGUCGAUGAACCUCGCGUCAAAGAUGGAGGAUCACCAGCAUCUAUACAUCUAUGACUUGGCCAAGUCAGUAGUGUCGGAAGUAUGCGAGUCAAAUCCGCAGCGGAUCACUCGAUGCCAGUCGGCGAAAGAAGUCGCCGAGAAAGCUGACUUUAUCAUCACUAUGCUCCCAGAGGGCAAGCACGUCAAGACAGUCUAUAUCGACGGGGCGAUCAAUCUGUGCUCAACGGAUCUGAGUGGCAAGACUUUGGUCGACUGCUCAACGAUCGAUGCUGCCACAACUUUGCUGGUCAAAAAUCACAUCAAGCAGCACUUCCCUGACACGCCAUUUUACGAUGCUCCGGUCAGCGGAGGAACGGUAGGCGCCAUCAAAGCCACCAUUGCAUUCUUUCUCGAUUGUUCCGAAGCAGAUCAGAACCUUCCCCUAUUACAAGCGAUACUGGGGACGAUGGGCAAAGAGAUCAUCCCAUGCGGAGGACCAUCUUUAGGUAUUGUCUCGAAGCUCUGCAACAACUACCUCUCUGGAAGUAUCACAAUCGCAUCUUCUGAAGCGUUUGAUAUGGGUAUUCGAGCUGGUGUGGACCCCAAAGUACUUUAUAAAGUCUUUGGCGCGGGUACAGGGCAAAACACAAUUGUCGAUAAGUGGUGUCCAGUACCAGGUAUCGUUCCAGAAGCGCCAUCUUCCAAGGGGAUACAGUUGAUGCUCAAGGAUUACACUCUCGCCACCCAGAUGGCUGAUAGUCUAGAGUCGAGACCAGUGUUAGGACAGGCCGGACUUGAGGCAUGGAGAGAAGCUAGUGAUGAUUCUCGAUUCUAUGAUCUAGACUCGAGAAUGAUGUACCAGUAUAUCAAAUCUAGAGCAGAGGAUAAGCCGUCAUGA